AUGGAGGCCCAAAAGGAUGCAGGAGAUGGUUACCCAAAAGCAAGAAGAAAGUGGACUCACUUCUACUUCCACGACAUGCUCGAUGCGAAGAACCCGACCCCUCUGAUCGUGGCCGAGGCCAAUAUCACCCAGUCCUCACCCACCCUCUUUGGCAUGGUCAGGGUUAUGGACCAACCACUCACUGAGGGCCCCAACCUUACAUCGAAGAUGAUCGGAAAGGCCCAAGGCAUCUUUGCCUCUGUGUCCACUGAGCCAACUAUCUUUAUGGAGAUGAACUUCCUCUUCUCAGAGGGCAAGUUCAAUGGGAGUGAGCUCACAGUCGUCGGUAGGAACCCGAUUUUGAAUAAGGUGAGAGAGAUGUCCGUGGUGGGUGGGAAUGGGGUAUUUCGAUUGGCUCGCGGUUAUGCUCGCCUCCGAACAUACUCCUUCAACGCCACCAAUUUGAAUGCUAUCAUGGAGUACCAUGUCACUGUUAUUCACUACUGACUCGACUCGGCCUGAUCUUUAAAAUUUCUGGUGGUGCAGUUGUCCUUGUGUGCUGUAGAGUGAACCAGGUUUAUUGUUCUUGGAAACGGAAUAAAGUUUACUAUGGAUUUUUUAGA